AUUCAAACUACCUUAAAAUAUAGUAUCUGAUCCGUUAACCCAAUUAGAGGCCUUCCUUCAUUCUCUUAUCUUUCUCUUCUUUAACAUAAUUUCCUUUACUGUAUCUCAGUCUCCGAGUUUCUUCAAGAGUUUUUGAUUUCCCGAUUCAGCAAAAUGGCUUUGCUGAGUCCUCGAUUGCAUAGAUUCCGCCUAACCAAGCUCCACCAUGCCUCCGCCUCCAAACCCACCAAAACAACUCAGCUCACUCUCACGAGAAAAACCAGAUGCUGCUCUGCCAUAGCUAUUGAUGCUCCAUCUUCUUUAACAGAUGCUGCAGGAAUCAGAUGGGGUUCCACUACUCUGCAAGGCUUGCGGGAAGAAAUGGAAGACGAUGCUGUUGUGCGGUCUGAUGGUUUUAAUGGCUUCUUGUUUGCUGCAGUGUUCGAUGGCCAUGGUGGCUAUUCCUCUGUCAAGUUCCUCAGGGAGGAGCUGUACAAGGACUGCGUAGCAGCUUUACAAGGUGGCCUGCUAUUGAAUGAAGGGGAUUUUGAAGUGAUAAGAGCGGCUUUGGAGAAAGCUUUUGAUGAUACUGAUAAGAGAUUACUCCUUUUGCUUGAGGCAGCUGGGGAGGAAGAUGAAUCUGGUUCCACUGCAACUGUUGCAUUCAUUCGAAAUGAUGUGCUGUUCGUUUCACAUCUUGGUGACUCUUGUAUUGUAUUAUCUCGUUCUGGAGGAGCACAGGUGUUGACUAGUUCUCAUCGGCCUUAUGGAAAUAACAGCACUUCGCUACAAGAAAUUAGAAGAAUUAGAGAAGCAGGUGGAUGGAUUGUUAAUGGGAGAAUCUGUGGGGACAUCUCUGUAUCGCGUGCAUUUGGUGACAUACGAUUCAAGACGAAGAAAAGCGAGAUGCUACACAAAGGAGUUGAAGAAGGGAGAUGGUCAGAAAAAUUUAUUUCUCGUGUGCAGUUCAAUGGAGAUUUGGUUACUGCAUCACCAGAAAUUUUCCAAGUUACGCUCGGAUCAAACGUCGAGUUUAUACUGAUGGCAUCGGAUGGCCUAUGGGAUUACAUGAAUAGCUCUGAUGCGGUUAUGUUUGUUCGGAAUGAACUUAGACAGCAUGGCGAUGUUCAGCUUGUGAAGCCCUCGCCCAAGCAGCCUUGGAUAAAGGGUCACAAGACAAUAUCAGCAUUAUCAUGGCUGAUUUAGGGCGGACAGAUUGGCAAAAUUUGCCCCUUAAGCAAGACAAUGUCAUAUUUGAACUGGCUCAAGCUUUCGCUACGAUCGGACUCGUUUCUUUAGGUAUUUGGUGGGCGUCCUCUAGUUUCUCUCUUUAAAGUUGCUGUCUCCCACUGUUGUAUAAUCAAGUUCUUCCAUACUUUUCACCUGUAAAGUGUAAUUGAAUAGUCAUAAAAUGUAUCACAUCCUAGCUAGUUUAGUCAAACUUUAACAUACCUUCACAAGAAUUGCAAAAUUCUUCUUUCCCUUUCGGUAUAAAUCGUAAACCGUCGUUCUUUGGU